UCUACUAUAAGGGAUCACUGGAUUCGUUAAAGAGAGCUGAAGAAAUUAUAGCUAGCCGACCAAUCGAUCCGUCCAUCUGAACCCCUACGAAGCAAAAAAUUAAAGCUUUUACCGACGGCCACCACCUGUUCGACUGUAUUCCCCAACGAGAAGCAGGAGCCAUUAUCAAAAACAAAUAAUGGGCAAGAGAAGAGGAGCUAAAAGGCCGCCAAAUCUGUCAUCUGCAACACCGUCUCAUAAACAGUUAUCACUCAGAGAACAAAACACUGGGAAGAAACAAGCCAAAACCAUAAACGUCAAGUCUAAACUAAAACUUGAACACUUGCAAAACCUUGCCACAUGGGCCGGCGGCGAAGCUUCCGUUCCUUCGUUGGCGGCGUUUUUCGGACAUCAGUUGGCCGCUGCGAACGAGUCCCUGGGAUUGCAGCCAGACCCUUCUUUGUUUUCUUGCCUAAGAUGUGAGACAAUUCUUCAACCUGGCUUUAACUGCACCAUCCGGAUUGAAAAGACACAAGUGAAGGCACAAAGUAAAUGUAAGAAAUCUAGAAUUUCUACACAGAAUAAUGUCGUGUAUAAAUGCCAUUUCUGUUCACACUGGAAUCUUAAGAGAGGGACACCGAUAGGCCAUAUGAAAGAGAUAAACCCUGCCAAGGGAAAGCCAUCUUUGAAACAAGAACAUAUGAAGUCCACGCUUCUGAAGUAUGUCAGCAUGGAAGAAGACACAAGAAGCAAAGAGGUGACUGAUAAGGUAGAUGGGAUAGAUGUGCAAGCCAUAGCUGAUGAGGUUAGUAAGGUGGAGGAUAAUAUAGCUUUGCCAGCAACAGCCGGAGAUUCGUGUAAUUCAAAUAGUCCGGUAACUCCUUCAGUAAAAGCAAAAGUUACUCUGGACGUGAAGAAGAGAAAGAGAAACAAAUCUGGAACAAAAAAGCCUGUUGAAUCUGAAAUCAAUUCUGCCACAACAAGUGCAGAAAAAACUGUGUGUGUUUCAAGCAAAAGGAGAAAAUCUUGGACAAGCCUGAAGGAAAUUGCUGGGAGAAGUGACCAUGACAUAAUACCAAUUCAAAACAUUGCUAAUUUGUCAACCCCAUUCCCUGUCUGAAAACUGACAUGCUUUCUUGUCUAACUUCAUUUUGAUUGAUAAUUUGAAUCCUUGAUGUACAAGAUUUAUCUGUCCUUAGAAGCAAACUUAAGUUUUUUAGUAUGUGAACACUCCAAAGGAAUAAAAUGUUAGCCUUGGUCUC